AUGCUGAAAUGUUAACAAAAAGAAAAGCAGGACAUUUUCUAAACGGCUUUGUGGAAUCAAAUUAAAAAAAAAAAAUUCUAAUGAUGAAUAAUAAUUAAGUAGUUUAUAUUGACUUUUUUACUUAAUAAUUAAAUUAAAUGUAAAAUCCGAAUUCGGCACUUGGAACAAAGCCGCUCUUAGAUCUAGUCUAACAGGUUUCUUGACGUGUUGCUGUUUAGAGUGCAAAGUUUUUUCAGUCAGCGCAAGUCUGUACAAUUCAAAAAAAUCUCAAUUUAAUCAAGCAGAAAGGCAAAAGGCUUCAAGCUGUUUAUCUUUUCCUCAGGUGUUGAAAGAUUUAAUCAGCUUCCUCUUUCCCUUUGAGAGUUUAUAUCAGUUCAGCCUGCAAAUGUGCACUGGACUGUUCACAAGGUAAAGUGGAUCAUUUUACUCCUGCAGUCUGUUGGAACAUGGUUACAGUCAGUGCUUGGAAUUAUGGGGGAAAAGGCAGAACUGGAGCAGUUCUAAGAAUAUUUUCUGUGUAAAAAAAAAAAAAUAUUUGUGAAUUUUCCUUAAGGGCUCAUAGCUGAACUUUAGCCAGCCUCCAUUAAUCAGUGUGACAGGUAGAGUUAAUCUUGUUCUUUUCAUCUUGAUUUUUUAAAAGGCUGUCUCUAUGUAUCCCUUUUAGAAUAAGUGAAAAGCGGGUAUGUUUUAAACUGGAAAAAAUACAAAUUCAAUGACUUAUCAGACAGGGCUGGAACAGUGGUGUUGAAGGUUUGGAUUCCAAGUGCUGCCAGAUUUUUGGAGGUGGAGCUUGGUGCUCACGUGUCAAAAUCCCAGAUGGUUUUGACAGAAAAAUAGCCCGAGUUUCAUCCACAUACUUUGACAUGCCUUCAGUUACCACAGUUUGGCUGGUAGCACCUAGUGAAAGCAGGGCUUAGCGCAAGGUGCAACAAGACUAAAUGGAUUAUCCCGUUAAGCGGCCACUGCCUGAUGGCUGUGAGGAGACCCCGCAGUACGGGAAGAAAUGUUUCACAGACAGAACAACACAGCACGUCAGGCUAAUUCCCACCAACAUGUAUGAAGCCUGUGCAAGGAAAAAGACCAGUUACCCGAAUGAAACCACAAAGAUCGUCAAGCAGAUGUCACCCUGGACGGACACACCAAACUCUGUGAAGAAAGUUUUAGACCAUCUGAAAUCCAAGCAAGCUGUCGGUGACAUUGUCCUGGAGGACUCGGUCAAUGGGAAAUUCAUAUCCUUUCAUCGAGACAUCACAGAUGAAUGCAGCAUAGAGGAUAAACAGCAUUCAUGGGCAGUUCUUGAAAAGCAAGAGGAAGUCAUCAUGUACGGACCUUAUUACCCCAACUACAACAACAGAGAGCACAGCGAGGAUGUCGUUAUUAGGCAAACCCAGGAACUUUUGGAGUCAGAGGAUGUUUCUGAAAACUCCAAGGUGUUUAUAUUCACCCUCAACAGCCCCUGUCUGGUAAGGAACACAAAUCCAUGCAUGUUGAACCUGGUUCAGAAGGCGCACGAGUGGUGGAACAUGUAUGGAGUGAAGACUCACAUUGGCUUCAAGAGAUCUUGGGGAUUCAAAGGAUCUAAAGAAACCCUGUUCAGGGAUGUCAGCUGCAGCCAGGUGGAGUGUAUAAACCAAAGUACAGAUUAUAAGAACUACUGUGAAGUAACUGGAAAGAUCCCUGAGCUUGAUCCUUUAUGUGAAACCAUGUUUUCUGUUACCAAAAACCUGCUCAAACCUGGACCAGAAAGCUUCCCGGUAAUCACAGAGCAAGGGCCGGACUGGAAAAGCUACUUCAAAAAUAUGCACUCCGUUGCUGCUGGCAAACCAGAGGAAGAGAGAAAACUGCUGAUGGAGGAAGUUAGCUCAUUGGUCGAUACUGCACGAGUUCUGCUUUCAGAAAAAAAUGACAGUUUAGAGGGUUACUCAGAAAAAGGGAGAGCGUUUGUGCUCAAAUAUGCUUUCAGCUCACACGUGUGCGACGCCCUGCGGGCCGAUCUCAGACUGAAGUUUCAGGAGUGCUGGAUGAAGAUGGUCCAGGGAAAGUAUGCUGAGUUUGUCAGGGAAACUCUGAUUGAAGACUUCAAUCAGUGCACAGUUUGGCUUUGUAUAAAGGAUAUUCAAGAAGUGUCCGAAAAGUUCCUGAAAAUUGGAAAAUUGCAAUUAUAGAACAAAGAAAACUCUACUUGUAUUAGUGUAUUAUUUUUAAAGGCAAUCAUAGUUGACACUCAAGGUUACAAAUAGAGAUAUUUCAAUAAAAGUAUCUAAAAACUAACAUUUAGUGCUUGGAAUAUACUGGGUGUCUUUUCCCUUCCCUUUCCUUUUCCCACAUUCUUUCGCAUCCAUUAAUUAAUGUUUGUCAUUGUUGCAGAUCCUAAAUCAUCUCAGUAUUAUAUUCUCCAAGAAAGCACAGUAAAAGGAAAUAGAACCAGUUCUAAGGAAGGUUUGUUUUUGGUCACAGAAUAAUAGUUUUGCUACUUUCAUAAUCAAAGCAACAGAUCAAUACUAAGGAGGAUGAAGUCUGAAAUUGUGUUUGGAUCAAGCAGAAUGGGAAGGUAAAAGAAUAAAUUGUCAGACAGAAAGCUGUUGAGUAAAUUAAAAUGUGUGCAUUUAAAACAAAAGAAACAGG